GGAGGAACUAGUGGUGGAAAAAAAAAGUUAAAGUAAAAAUGGCUUCCUUGUCUUUGGAGUCUACAGAACAAUCUGAGAACAGCCCAGAGGAGCCAACGGCACCGGAGCCCAAAGAAGAGAAAGAUCCGGUCCAAGUUUCGGAACAAUUACUCCAAAGUUUCCAAAAGUCGGCUCUGAGUUUUUCCACUGACCAAGUAUCAUGUCUCUGCGAGGCCCUUCUGCAAGCGGGCAAUGUGGAUCGCCUGUGGAGAUUUCUAUCCACCAUACCUCCUUCGUCCGAGCUGCUACGUGGCAACGAGACCCUGCUGAAGGCCCAGGCACUAGUGGCUUUCCACCGGGAGGAAUUCAAGGAGCUGUACGCCAUCCUAGAGAGCCACGACUUUCACCCGUCUAACCAUGGGUUCCUGCAGGACCUGUACCUGAAAGCCCGCUACAAGGAGGCGGAGAGGUCCCGGGGCCGCAGUCUGGGCGCAGUGGACAAGUACCGGCUCAGGAAGAAGUUCCCCCUGCCCAAAACUAUCUGGGACGGAGAGGAGACCGUGUACUGCUUCAAAGAGAAGUCGCGAAAUGCCCUGAAAGAGUGCUACAAGAGCAACCGGUACCCCACUCCGGACGAGAAGAAAAACCUGGCCAAAGUCACCGGACUGUCCCUCACACAGGUCAGCAACUGGUUCAAGAACCGCAGGCAGAGGGACAGGACGCCGUCCGGGACCCACAGCAAAAGUGAGUCCGAUGGGAACCACAGCACUGAGGACGAGGCGAUGGACGACACCCCUGACAAACCAGAGGAGGCUGCUGGCUCCGCAGCUUCCAUCAUCUCUCUCUCUGCGGUCCCCUGUAGCACAGGAAGCCAGCUCAUCCUCAACGGGUCCAGUGGCUUCCUCACGGCCUCGCAGCCAUUACUGCUCAACGGGAAUUCCCUGAUCUCCAGUACCAGUGCUGGUGUCAUAAUUAACGGGCUGAGCUUGGGCGAUUGCCAGACAGUCACACUGAGUCCUGUUGCAGCCAGCUCUCCUUUGAUACUGAAUGGGGCUCAGGUAAUAACCAAAUCUAGUAUCAGUGUGCAGCAGCAGCAGCAGCAGCAGCCACAGCAAGCAGUUUCUGUGGCAGAGCAGGUAUCGGCCAUGGAGGCCAAGACAAGCAGUCUUCCAGCAGUUGUUCUUAGCACUAACACCACACCAGUCUCAAACCCUCCAUCCAUAAUCUCACCUCCUCUGCAAACCAAGACAGACAGUGGCAAUGCAAUGGAUUACAUCAGUGUGCCUGAAUCAGAGGGCAGCAGCCAGACAGUAUCUUCCUCUUCUUCAUCUUUAUCCCCCUCUUCACCAACUCUGUCCUCCCCAAACAGUCUCCCUUCACUAGUCCUAACACAAAACACCCAGGAGUCCCUCACCCUCCCUGCCUCUAUGUCGUCUGCAGGCAUGGUUAUCACCAGCUCUUCUGUGCCUCUCUCCAGUCAGCAAGGAGAGUAUGUUGUCUUUGCCACUGCCGGCUCCCAGUUAAAUCCUCCUAGCUCUGUGGAUUCCUCCAGCAGUGCCACCCCUCAGGUCUUCUCUCUGCCCCAGGUUGUGCCUUCCAUCCAGGGUAUACCAGUAUCCCAGCUGGUCCAGCACUCUUCAGGCUCCCAGGUGUCCCAGUGCCCCCAGUUGGUCCCUGUAUCGCCCCUCACCUCGCCAGCUCCUCCGUUUCAAAGCCCCCAGACAGUGAACACGGGCAACAGACUGGCACAACAGCAGCAGGAUGCUUCAACAACUCUGCCGGAAAGUGCAACAACUAUAGUCUCUAUCUCACAGCUUAACAACAAUCCGCUUCCACAGCGAAUGGCACACCAGCUGGGUGACCAAACCACAAACUCCACACCCAGCAAAAUCCAGGCCCCACAGGUUAUUUCCAUCUCUUCUCCAACACAAGUAGUCCCAGUCCCCCAAGCCAAAGGAACCACACCAGCACAGUUAGUCCCGCUCUCCAUGCCUCAGCUGGUCCCAGUCUCCUCCAUCCAAACUUCCUCCACCAUCUCUUUCCCCCAAGUGGUACCUGCCAGCCCUUCUCUCUCCAUCCCCUCUGCUGGAGUGCCCUUACAGAUCCUGACUUCAGCUCCUGCGGCUGGGGCGGUUACACCGGGUCCUCUGAGGAUAAACCAGCUGAGGCCCAUUCAGAGCGUGGGUCCCCCAACCAGCAUGGCACCUGGCAUGCAACUCCUCAACUCUGGGAUCAUUCAGCUGCCUUCUGCUCCUCCAGGUAACCUUCUCCUCGGUGGAAGCCCCUACCUGAGUGUACAGCAAGGCAAGCUGAUUCUGACCAUCCCAGCGGGAAUUCAGCUCACCAGUUUGCCCUUGAAACCUGUCCCAGAGGCUCCAACCCUCUCUGCUAAUGGACUGAGCCCCGUUCUCACCCCAUCCACCCCUCCUGUGGCCUCCCAGCCUUCAGCCACCUCAGGCCCAACCCCUGUUGGCCUCACAUCAUCUCCUCUGAACUUUAUCAACUCGUCUCCACCAUACUGUGCUCCAGAGACCGGGGCUGCAACCAGCCAGACACCGGCCAUCCCCUCCCCUCAUACGUUGGACCCUUCAGUCACACCCACAACGCCAAACACUCUCACUCCAGAAAGCAUGCUUACCCUCAGUCCCAUGUACAGUGGAGUCACACCCAGCACCCAACUGUCCCAGCCAGCAUGGAGUCCUGUACCCCUCUCCACUUCAGCCAGUCUAACUCUGUUUGAUGUCCGCGGCAAGGGGGACCUACCUGUAGACCCAACUUUGUUAGGCCUCCCUGGAGGAGAGUCGCUGCUUCUGGGAAGCCCCUCUCCAGAGCAGGAUGUGGAAGCUGGCUCACCCCUGGGGAAUCCAGAGGAGAUGGAUGGGGACUCCAAGAUUCUUACUCAGCUCCAGUCUGUCCCUGUGGACGAUGAGCUGGGCUUGUAGUCCCCCACGUAGCAACCCCAUGUCUCUAAAAACAAAAAUGGCAAAACACACAUUAGAUUACAGACUCUGCUCUGUUUGUUUGUUUAUUGAUCUGAAAGAUUUUAUUCCACAUUGUCAAUCCUCAAAAACCUAAAUCUUUUUCACAAUAUGCUGAAUUUCUAACAUGUACAAUGAUACUCUCUAAGUAGGGUCUGAUACCAUCAUGGUCUUAGCUGGCACUUUAGAGACAAACUCUCUGCAGCUCUAUUUCACAUGGAUGGGCAGGGUUAAAUGGGAUAUUCACCCUCUGGUUCCAGAUCAGAAUAUUCCUGUUUGUGCCUGGAUAUUUUGCCUCUCAGUUUUUUUUUGUUUUUUUUUUUGUUACUAAAAUCCAUGUGUGCCUUACCUGUUUUAUCAGAUCCAGACAGAAGAACUAACACAGAUUAGUCUGCUUGGCCCAGUUACAGGGCCAAGCAGACUAAUACUAUUAAAUACUAUAUUAUACAAGACAUCAUAGCUUUGCCUAGUCUUCUUCACAGUUUUGUGGUUUGCAGACCAAGGUCACUUGUCCCUAGAAAAAGUUACUGGCCAAGGGGACAAAUCUUGAAAUAGUUGCCUGCCUGUCCAGAACUCAAGAGAUUCAGGACUUUGGUUUGUAUUUGGUUUUUUUUUUUUUGUUUUUUUUUGUUCACAGCUUGAAUAUAUCGUUCAAGCAACACUCCAGGAAUACGUUGAGGAUUAUAUUCCUCAAAAACAGAAGUGAGCUGAGUCAGCUGAGCUUUAUGCAAAUCAGCUCUAAUAUGUUUUCUUCAGCUAUUGUUACAUCAUAGCUUCGGGGACUAGGCUGUGUUUUAUUACUACUCGUUACUGAAGACUGGGUUUAAACAUGCAGCCUACAUCCAGUAAACUGUUUUAAAUGACUCUGCAGUUUUUCAGUGAGAUUGCUGCCCUACAUUAGUAUAAACAUACCACAGGAAAUAAAAGGGUUUAUACUCUAUGCAAUGCAUGUUUAGUACUUUAUAGGACACUAAGUGGCACAAUGGCUGAGUCAGAAAGCCAGUGCACUUGGGAGAUGAACAGGAGCUUUGAAAUACUGAGCUUUUACAUGAAGCAUGACAGUGCAGUACACUAAAAUGUUUGCUGUGAUCCCACUAAGUGACAUUUGUUGUCAAACGCAUCCAAAAUCUGUUUGUUGAUGUUGAUAAGUGCCUUAUUUUAUAGCUUACAGGUUUGAUGUUUAAAAAAAAAAAAAUGGCUUGACAUUUUACAAAAACCCACGGUUCUGUAUCUGUUUGAUCUCCAGUGAAACAUAAUGUGACAGUUUUGGUUCCAUAGUCAAAGCUCUAUCUCCUCUGUUUGUAUAUUUUGCACAUUUCAUUCACACAAUGUUUACGCUGCGUUGCCGUGUUGUUAUGACAGUGGUACGACUCAUAUUCUGUUGAGAUAUUUCCUAUUCUUUCUUGAUUGAACCGUAAUGUUCCCCACUUGAAAGAGGUAGAUCAGAAAACAGAAUUCUAAUUUCCUGAUGAAAUCUAUUGUAAAAAUAGCUCUUUCAAUUUAAACCUAAAAUGCUUGUCACUGUAUGAGCUUUCUACUGUCAUAACACAGGCAGCAGUCAAAUCUUUGGCCGAUUUUGGUACAUAAAAUAUACUUAAGUGUCACAUCUAGUUAUAAUAAUGGCCUGUGUGGGUUUUUUUUGUUCUGUUUUUUUAUUAGUGUGUUUGUUGUUUGUCUCUUUUGUACAUUUAAUCUAUUUAAAGCAUGUAUCAAUCAAUUUUUAGUUUUUAACGGAAAGAAAAUGAGUCCUUGGUGGAAAAAGCUGAUAGGAAAUGAUAUUCAUUUUCACUUGGAAGGUCAGAUUGCUGUGCCAGCUGAGGUUUUACAAUCUCAGACUACAGGUAUUAAAUCGAUUUUGAGGUCAUUAAUAUUCUUGUUGAAAUAGGUCACCCCCUGGUAACAAAUUUUAAGGUUAUUUGUUCCCAGUGCCCUUUGGGUUGAUAAUUAAAUGGCUCGGACAAAUCAAUUUUAGUCUGAAUUUUACUGAACAUUUAAAUUAGUUAAGUGUAAAAGGAAAUGUGCUCUUUAUAUAUGUAAAAUAUGGUAGCUUGUGUUUGUUUAUACGAGCCAUUUCUUACCAAAGUAUGUUGACAUUAAAGCCUGUGAGGGCAUAUGCACAUUUGUAGCCUUAGUUGUUUGUAGUGUGGGAUUCGUUUUUUACUCUCCUACCUGACAUGUAACGUAUAUGACUCCAGAUUUAACCAAAGAUUUUAUCGACUUUUUUGAUAGUUUUGAAAGGGAUCAUUUGUGUCUGUCAUUCAAGGUUCUUGUUUUCUCAUUUUUGUAUUCAAAUGCAUUCUAUUUUUUAUAUUAUAUG